UGGCAGGGGGCGGGGCGUCGCACGCAGAGCGGCAGUCCUCUGAGUAGCGGAGCAGAAAGCGGCCGCGCGGGUUACAGCCGGAUCUCCGCGCGCCCCUCCGUGUUUUCCGCCCCGGAUGGAUCUUUAACCCGACCGGGAGACUUCACCUCUGCUCUCCGUUGCCCCAAAGGAGAUAUUUGACACUUUUCCCGGUCGCGUGGCAGGAUGAAGUACAAAAACCUGAUGGCCAAAGCGCUGUACGACAACGUGCCGGAGUCCCCAGAGGAGCUGGCCUUCCGUAAGGGCGACAUCCUGACCGUCAUCGAGCAGAACACCGGCGGCCUGGAGGGCUGGUGGCUCUGCUCGCUGCACGGCCGGCAGGGCAUCGCCCCCGGCAACCGCCUCAAGCUGCUGAUCGGCCCGCUGUUCGAGGCCCAGCCGUCCGCCGCCACGACCACCACGCCCCCCCCCGCCGGCGCCCAGGGCCCCCACCAGCGGGCCCCCCAGCAGCAGAGCAUCUACCAGGUGCCUCCAGGGCAGGACGUCUACCAGGUGCCCCCCACCAGGAGCACGCCGGCCUCAGACUGCAAGGUGGUGACCCCGGCCAGGGUGGGACAGAGCUACACCUUCAGCCCCGGCCAGCAGGACCUGUACGACGUCCCCCCCUGCAGAUCACAGGGGGUGUACGAUGUCCCCCCCGGGCAGGGGUACCCGGCCCAGUCGGGGGGAGCCAGAAACCAGGGGGUGUACGAUGUCCCCCCCUCUCAGAUGGACCCCCGGACACAAGGCGUUUACGACAUACCCCCCUCCUCACAAGGGGUCUACUCGGUGCCGCCCUGCAGGACCGCCGCGGCCCUCCAGGAGGGGAACUACGACUUCCCGCAGCCCCUCAAACACAAGCAGGAGGGCAUCUACGACGUCCCGCCCCCCCUCGCCGCCAUGCCCGCCAGCAGCCCGUCUAUUUACGACUUCCCCCCCAGCGUGGAGCCACAUCAUCCCGUCAAUGGCAGCGAGGGCGUCUACGACGUGCCUCCGUCCCAGCGGGACGUCUACGACUUCCCCCGGGGGGCGCCGCCCCCCCCACACCGGGCGCCAGUGGUGGCGGCGGCGGCCGACCUGGUGGACGGCGUGAACCGGCUGUCGUUCUCCAGCACGGGCAGCUCUCGCAGCAGCAUGUCCACCUCCUCCUCGUCCACAGGCUCCGCCCCCGAGGCGCGGUUGGGCCUGGACCUGGACGCCGGCGUGCAGCGGCUCCAGCGCCUGCAGCAGGCCGUGGAGCUCGCCGUGGGGGCGCUGCACGCCACCGCCGCCUCCCCCCACUGGAGGACGUUUCCCUUCAUGGAGCGGCACGCCAACGACGUGCGGGUCGGCCUGGACCGCGUCCGGGCGGCCGUGGGGGACUUCACGGCGUUCGGCAGAGGAGCCGCCGCCAACGCCGCCGGCCUGCCGGACGCCGGCCUGCACGCCAAACUGAGGCGGCAGUUGGGGCGCCUGGAGGACUCCCAGCAGAUCCUGCUGCAGACCCACCAGGCCCUGGAGGCCGGCGGCUGGGCCCUGAACGCCCCGCCCGCCCCGGGGGGGAGGCACCACGCCAAGAGCGACGAGCUGGACCGCUUCCUCAUGGUGUCCCGGACCGUCCCCGACGACGCCAAGCAGCUGGCCUCCACCAUUGGCGCCAACGCCGAGCUGCUGUUCCGGCGGGCGCACGGGGACGGCGGCCUGCCCGAGGAGGCCCCCGCCCACCUGCUGGCCUCGCCCCCAUCCGACAGCGACAGCCACAAGGCGCACACCAAACCCUUCCCCCUGUCGGCCAGCCAGGACAAAGACAACAUGAACAGCGAGAAGUGCGUCAAAAGCUGGAUGGAGGACUACGAUUACGUCCAUCUGCAGGGAAAAGAAGACUUUGAACGACAGCAGAAGGAGCUUUUGGACAAGGAGAACAUCAUCAAACAGAGUCAAGUUCAGCUGGGCCAGGAACAGAUCAACCAGUUCAGGAAGCUUGAGCAGGAGGUGAUCAAACCGGUGGAGAGCGACUUCUCCCAGUGGACGAGCGGCUCGCUAUCCGGGUUGCCGUCCGACCCAGCUUCGUCCCACGUGGGCGCCCGGGACCGCCAGUUGCUGGGCUUCUACUCGCAGCAGUGCGAGCAGCACUUCUCCACGCUGCUGGGCGCCGUGGACGCCUUUUUCGGUGGCGUGCGGGCCGGACAGCCGCCGCGCAUCUUCGUGGCGCACAGCAAAUUCGUCAUCCUGAGCGCCCACAAGCUGGUCUUCAUCGGGGACUCCCUGUCCCGGCAAGCCGCCGCGCCUGAGUUGGCCAACCGGGUCAUGAACUCCAGCAACGUGCUGUGCGACCUGCUGAGGUCGGUGGUCGCCGCCACCAAGAUGGCGGCCCUGAACUACCCCAACGCCGCCGCCAUCCAGGACAUGGUGGACCGGGUGGCCGGCCUGUCGCACCAGGCGCAGAAGUUCAAGGAGCAACUGCUGCAGAUGGCCAGCGCCUGAUGCGGUCCGGACCCAGACCCAGACCCCGACCCGGACCUGGCCUGGGCCUGCCUGAGGUGGCCCUACCAGACCUGGACCCGGUUCUGACUAGGCCCGGACAUGGACUAAGCCCAAACCCGGCCCGAACCGGCGUGGACCGGCCCGACCGGCUUGGAACGGCCUAUACCGGACCUGGACUGGGCCCGGAUCUGGACUAGGUCUGAAUCGGCCUGGACCCAGACUCAGCCCGGAUCUGCACCUGGACUAGGCCCAGACAUGGACUAAGCCCAAACCUGGCUUGAACCGGCCCGAACCGGCUUGGACCGGCCUAUACCAGACCUGGACUAGGCCUGGAUCUGUACUAGGUCUGAACCGGCCCAGACCCAGACUCAGCCCGGACCUGGACUCGGCCCGGACCUGCACCUGGACUAGGCCCAGACCCGGCCUGAGCCGGAGAGACUGGCCUUAACUGGACUUGGACUCGUACCCGGUCUGGACUAGACCCGAAUUCAGACCCGGUCUCAGACCCAGACCCAGACCUGGCCCAUACCCGGACCCAGCCUGGUUCAGACCCGUACCCGGAUCCAGACCCGGUUUCAGACUCUGACCCGGACCCGGCCUGUAAAUAGCUGCUCUGAGUUUCUUUGCGCCCUGUUUAGCGGCUCCGUUGUCGUGGAGAAGCUUCCGGAACAUUCCGUCUCUCUGAGCUCUCUGAUUGGUGGACGCUGAGCUGGAACUUGUAACUGUUCAUGGAGCCUAAAGUAAAGACUCUUCUUCCCACCAGGCUGCGUCGUCUGUGUUUACUCAAAGGAAACAAACCCAGAUUUUGUCGGCCCAACGCGAAGCUAAACGCCACACAAAUGUGAGCCGCUUCGGCCACAAAGGCUCAUAGAGAGCAGAGUAUUUUAAACCAAACUAAAGAAGCUAAUUCAAGUCAAAUCUGACCGAUUUUACGGAAAAAGGACAAGAAAAUUGAUUUUUAAGCAUCAAAAGAAGCUUUUUGGGAGAAAAUAAAAUGUGAAAAAGGUCAUUUUUGUCUGAUAUUGAAUUAAAUAUUAAAGAAAUAUGAAGCUCUUUUUAAAUAGAGCCUCAUAAAGAUCAGAGUUU